AACAACAACAACAACAAUCAAAUCAACAAAAUAAAUCAAUUCAUGGCAAUCAUAUCAAAUAUCCACAACGACAAUCAUUAUGUGAAACAUUUAUGAAAAAUUCCGUUCAACAACGAUUAUAUAAAUUACAUGGCCGUUGUCUAUGUCUUACAUUAUUGAUCUAUGGUAUAAUAUCAUUGAUAUUUUAUAUGCAAUUGGAUAAUUGGCGUCAAACAUUGAUCAAAUUGAAUAUUAUAAAUGGAUCAUUAUCAUCAUCAUCAUUAACUUAUUCAUCGAAAUUGAAUAAAUGUAAAAUUCGACCUUAUUCAAUACAACAAUUGGGACGAAAAUGUAUGGUUAAUAAUAAUGAUGAUGAUAACGAUAAUGACAAAGAUGAUAAUGGUGAUGAUCAAAAUUUCAAUAAUCAAUCGAUUCAAAUGUCUUUAUUGAUCAUUAUUGGCCUUAUUCUAUAUUUAGCCUAUACGGUUGAAUGUUAUCAUUGUUCAACAAGAUUUGUAUUGGUUAACGGAAAACGUAUCCAAUAUGUAUUGGAUUAUAUCGAUCAAAUGCGACAAGCAAAACCGAUUGUAUGGUGGAAAGCUGCAUCAUAUCAUUAUAUACGUUGCUAUAAUCAAUCGACCUGUCAAAUGGUUAAUACAAGAACAUUAUCAGCAAAUGAAAUUCGAUCGAAUCAUAUUACACAACAAAGACAACGUUUAGGACGUAAACGUAUCGAUACUAGAUAUUCGAAUGCUCGUUUUCAUUAUGAAGAUCGAUUUAAUAUUGAAGAUAUUUCCGAUAGAUUGAUUGACAUUGAUCGUUCGCCAAUCACAAGAAUACGUUUUUUUAAAGGAUUUGUUUUUAUCGAUAAACAAUCUGCACAAGAAUUCGAUCGACAACGUACAAAUUUUUUUCAUCAUAAUUUUAAACUUGAUGAUUAUCUUGAAAUACGUGAAGGUAUCGAUCUGGAUGGUAUCGAUUUUUAUGAUUCAAUCAUUACAUUAUCUACUGAUAAUAAUAAUGGCCUAUUAAAUUGGCAUUGGUAUUGUCGACCAUCAAUGUUUUGGAUAUUUUCAGCUAUUCUUCUUUCAUGGCCAUUUCGUAUUAUUCUCGAAUAUAAUACUUCCUAUGUUAAUUAUAGGGUUGUGAAAUUAUUCAGUUUGCUCAACAACAUCAAUCAAUCGACAAUCAUGAACAUUCCUAAUCAACAACAUUCACAAUCAUGUCAUCAACGAUCACAAUCUAUAGAUAAUAAUUUAAGUCUUUCUAAUUAUUUAAUUGCACCAAGUUAUUCGGAAGCAAUUCUAACAUGUUCUGAUAAUUUUGCUCAAGGUCUUAAUAAUGUUCCUACAACAAUGAUGAUGGAUGAUUCCAAUUCAAUGAAAACAAUCGAAAUGCCUUUAACAAUUGAUCUACCAUCAUAUGAUGAAGUAAUCAAUAUGAAUACUGAUAAUCAUUAUCAUAGACGAUCAAUUCGACGAUGUUUAACUCAAUUAUUUUUCGGUGAUCAUAAUCACAAUAAUCAUGAUGAUGAUGGUAAUGAUAAACCAAACAUUAUGAAACGAUCAAUUACAAUCGAUUAUUGUAUGAACAAUAAUAAUCGUUUAUGGGAAUUUUUAACUAAAAAAUUUGAUCAAACAAAUUUUUAUAAUUACAAUACAACAUUAAUUUUUUGUUUGUUUAAAAUGUCUUGGUGA